AUGGUUUACCUGGAGCACACUAAGCAUCCCAACCUGGACAUGGAUAGUAUCACCCUGAAAGACGUCAACUGCAAAUUAGCUGACCUGGGAGACUUCAACGGAACUCACUUGAGGAUGGAAGUGCCACUGGACGGCUGUAUGACCAACCAUACCACUGCAGAAGAUACCAUCACUUACGCCAACAGCAUAAUAGCUGAGACUCGAGCUAGUCAAGGCAGCAUCUUGAUCUCCAGAGAGUUCCAGGCGGAGUUUCCAUUCAAGUGUACUUAUCCACGGUCUGCCAUUUUGUCGGUCGCGAGUUUUUCUCCGCGGGAAAAAGUCAUCUACACCAGAACAGUGCAUGCACACUGUGAUCUGGGAUAUCUGUCGUUUAUUAGUACAUUCAUUUGUUGUUUCUUGACAGCCCUAUCUGUGGUGUGCACUUACGAGUAUAUGAUGGUUUACCUGGAGCACACUAAGCAUCCCAACCUGGACAUGGAUAGUAUCACCCUGAAAGACGUCAACUGCAAAUUAGCUGACCUGGGAGACUUCAACGGAACUCACUUGAGGAUGGAAGUGCCACUGGACGGCUGUAUGACCAACCAUACCACUGCAGAAGAUACCAUCACUUACGCCAACAGCAUAAUAGCUGAGACUCGAGCUAGUCAAGGCAGCAUCUUGAUCUCCAGAGAGUUCCAGGCGGAGUUUCCAUUCAAGUGUACUUAUCCACGGUCUGCCAUUUUGUCGGUCGCGAGUUUUUCUCCGCGGGAAAAAGUCAUCUACACCAGAACAGCCGAGUUUGGUAACUUUACCUUCAUGAUGGAAAUGUACCCCACGGCCGAAUAUGACACUCCAUACGACACCUACCCCGUACAAAAGGACCUGAAUGAAAAAAUGUACCUGGAAGUAAAGGUACUGUCCAAUGACUCCAAGUUGGUUUUGUUUCCCGAUAAAUGUUGGGCCACGCCCAGUUCAGACCCGGAAGACGACAAAUCGUUUGCUUUCAUCGAGGACGGGUGUAACGAAGAUGCGACAUUGGUGUAUGACUACGAAGAGAGUGCUGUGCAGCAGUUCAGCUUAGACGCAUUCCGGUUCAUGGGUGUAAGUGCGGAUGCUGUGGUGUACCUCCACUGCGCAGUGGAAGCCUGCCGCAAGGGAGAUAACUCCUCCCGCUGUGCUCAGGGCUGCGAAGAAGACAACGGUUCCAAGAGGAGGAGACGUAGCCUAGUACUGGAUAGUAUCGGACAGGAGACCGUUACUGUUGGACCAGUGUAUAAAAAAGUUGAUGAUGAACCAGCACAAGAGGAACGAAAGUCUGUGGACUCGCUGACCAUUAUUGCUGCAGUCGCUGGUGUCUUGGGCGUGGUAGUGUUGGUUUUGAUCGUGGCUUUGGCUGUGAUGUACAAGCGUCAUCAUACUCCCCAGAAUGCUGCUCGGGCUGUGUACGCCAGGACCUCCAGUGAAGAUAAUAAACAGCUCGUCUGAGAGAGACUGGGCGUGAGCGGGUGACGUGGCACACUGUAGCAAUGUUCUGCACUUUCACUGCUUCGUUUUUGUUGGUUAUGUAAACAACUUAAGCUUUUGCUAUCGUAGUUGACGAGCCUAUUACAACAGCGCGUAUAAUUAGGAGGAUUCGCAAAUUUAAGGUUUCCAAGUAAGCAGUAACAACUUUUUUACUUCUUGUAAACUUCCUUUAAUGUUUCUGCAAUUUAGUUUUUAUUCAUUUUUUAAACUAAUUUUAUAACAAAAGGCAACAAACAUCAUCGAAUAAGUCAAACAUUUUAACAAGCUCUCGUUAGUCAUUCCAGCAUAGAGAAAUUAAAAACGCGGAGUAAGUCCAUUUCAUACGAAUAUUGCUUUUUUUUUUUAAUCUAAACGUAUUUUUUAAUCAAUUUGUCGUUCUUUGCUCAUUUUCAAUCAUCUAACAAAACGUAAGCGGUGAUCACGCAUUACUUAAUGACUGCUGGCUGGCUUUUCUUGUAAAGAUUUAGAAGAUGUGUAAUUGGGUCGAUUUGUGGCUUUUUCCGCUGUUUUGAAAUAGGUGCAACCAUGCAUUCUUUGAACUUUGAUAUGAAUAGUUAAAAAGCAAUACGAAGUAGUUAAUCUUUUCAAUUGCGUAACAAUAGCCGAGCUAAUCCGCAACACUGUUUUUACAUAAGGCGAAGAAAAAAGAUUUAGCAUCGAGUUUUUAGACAGGGACUUUGUAUAUCUAGCGGUGUUGCACCUUCUUGAAAAUGGCGGAAAAUAAUCUCAAACCGAGUCUGACAAGAGCCUAUAACGCAAAGAGAGGAAAUUUAACUCGUAGCAGUAAUUCGUAAAAUAUGAUCAGCGCAUUAUGUUAAUUUUUAGCGCUCUGAGAACAAGCUGGUAUUCGCAUUCUGAAUGUGUACGAGAAUUAUUUGUUAAAUUAUCAAAUAACGAGCGCAAUAUGGGAUAGUCUCUCUCUUUUGCUGUUUAAUCUUUUGUCAAUGCAUGCUAUAACCUGGGGCAUAUUAUGACCUUAAAGAAGACGAAGGGAAGUGGUGUCAUAUAGCUGACACGCAUCGAUAUUUACUCGGGAGAGAAAAUGUGAUAUUCACUACUUUGAAGUAACUUGUCACGUCACGAAGUCUAUGCGGCAGGGUAAUACCCCGUUACGCCGACAUUAUCAUUGAUUUUUACUGAAGUGACUCGGAUAGAAUCAUUUUAUUAACUUAUGGUACAUAUAGAGUAGGGGAAUAGUUUAUAAAAUGCGGUUUAGUAACUUAAAACACAACAAAUGCACAGAGUUUGAUCUUGCAUUUGAAGUUGCAAAACGGUUUACGCUUCAUUUCUGCGCCUAAAUUAUCAUUUUAUGUUAUUACGAAUAGCUCAAGACAUUAUGUGCCACUAGGUAGGUCUUUGUUUCCAAUAAAAAAAAGGUUUAACCACAA